AUGGGUGUCCACUGUGUGGCAAUCGGCGCCUGCGGGCGAGGUAAGAUCGAUACCGGCGUCCCGCCGAUGGCCGUUCGCGCUUGUGGGGCUGCGGCGGCCGGGGCGGCCGUGGCGGCGCUGCUCUCGGCCGCGAUCGCGCUCCACUGGCCGCCGCUCCACGCAGUUUUACAAAGAGCGUUCUCCCUCCACCCAGCACACUCGACAAAGGACAUGGAGAAUUUUUUCCAGUUGGUGAGAAACAUUGUGCCUGCUCUGACCUCGAAGAAGCACAAGGGGCAGGACGGAAGAAUAGGCAUAAUCGGGGGCUGUCAAGAGUACACAGGAGCACCAUAUUUUGCAGGAAUCACAGCUCUGAAAGUGGGUGCAGAUCUGACUCACGUGUUCUGUGCCAAGGAGGCUGCGCCUGUGAUCAAGUCCUACAGCCCAGAGCUGAUCGUCCACCCAGUCCUUGACAGUUCCGGUGCUGUUGAGGAGGUGGAGAAAUGGCUCCCCAGGCUGCAUGCCCUUGUUGUGGGACCUGGCCUAGGUAGGGACAACUUUCUUCUCAACAAUGUCAGGGGCAUUUUGGAAGCAUCCAAGGCCAGGGACAUCCCUGUUGUCAUCGACGCGGAUGGCCUGUGGCUGGUAGCUCAACAGCCAGCCCUCAUCCGCGGUUACCAGAAGGCCGUCCUCACCCCCAACCGUGUGGAGUUCAGCAGGCUCUGGGAAGCUGUGUUCAGCAGUCCGAUGGACACCACAAACCAGAGUGACUCCGUUCUGAAGCUCAGCCAGGCCCUGGGGAACAUCACAGUGGUCCAGAAAGGAGAACAAGACCUGAUCUCCAAUGGUCAGCAGGUGCUUGUGUGCAGCCAGGAAGGCAGCGGCCGCAGGUGUGGUGGGCAAGGAGACCUCCUGUCGGGCUCCCUGGGUGUCUUGGUGCACUGGGCCCUCCUGGCUGGACCAGAGAAGACAAAUGGCUCCAGCCCACUGCUGGUGGCUGCCUGGGGUGCUUGCACGCUCACAAGGGAGUGUAAUCAUCAGGCCUUCCAGAAGUACGGCCGCUCCACCACCACUACCGACAUGAUCGCCGAGGUAGGAACGACCUUCAGCAAGCUCUUCACGACCUGAGCCAGUGCAGACUGAGGGGUGCCACAGACUGUCCUCCAUGUACGGGCCGUGGGCUCAGCUGCACACAGCUAAACUAGCUGACAGAGGAUUCAGGACAUAGCUGUCGUCUAUCCUAAAAUAGAGUUGAUAUGUUCUGACACUAAUCUGGUCUUGUGCGGUUUUCUUGGCUUCUCAGCAGUAGCUGAGGAGAAAAUCAGAAUAAAAAUCCUCCCAGCAGCCCGAAUGGAUCAGGGCCUGCUCUAAGACAGGA